AUUUUGGAUUUGGGUGUGAUGAUUUGGUCUCACAAAAAGCCCAACCCAAAAGGACGAACUAAAGGUAAAAGUGGAUUCGUCGCAGAGGCUUGUUUGGUUGAACUGGUCAGUGUUCACAGAAUUGUCAUCGUCAAUGAAAAACAACAGUUUGGUGUAUUUUGCUAGAAGAAUUCUAUCAGUUCAGAGCCCAACUUCAAACUGGCGUUGCUAUUGCUCUCCUUCCUCACCUUCCUCCUCUCCUCCACCCAACAAUAAACUUUUUGUUGCCGGUUUGUCAUGGUCAGUGGACGAGAAGUCAUUGAAGGACGCAUUCUCUCCUUUUGGGGAGGUCACUGAAGUGAGGAUAAUGUAUGACAAAGAAACCGGUAGAUCAAGAGGCUUUGGGUUUGUAAAUUUUUCGAAAGAUAAAGAAGCAGGUUGUGCAAAAGAUGCCAUGGAUGGAAAGGCGUUUCUCGGUCGGCCAUUGAGGAUAAGCUUUGCUCUUGAAAAGGUCCGCGGUGGACCUGUCGUAGUUCCUCGGCUUGGGAAUGCCACCAGACAAAAUAAUUGAAGUUGUUUGGCAAAAUUGUUGUGAAUCAUUUGUAGUGAAGAGUGAUGAAUUUUGAACUGCAAUAGCUACAAUUAUUGUCCUGUGCUCAUUUAAGUGUAGUAGGUCCCUUGUUAGAUCAAUCAAAGGGAAAAAAGAAACAGCCAAGUUGAAGUACUGAACCAUGCUUGUCUGAAGUACCCCACGGGACAUUGGAUUUGUAUUCAAUCUCAGCUCGGAAUUGAUUACCUGUGCUUGAGUUUAGUUUUUGCAUGGAUGAAAUUUGUGGAAGAAUACAAUCAAUGUAAAUCUUAACCUGAUCUUCACUA